AUGAAAAUGAAGGCCGAAAAGUCCAGUGCCCAAGGCUUCCACCUCCGCUCAAUCCUAAUCCACUCUGCGUGGAUGACCGCACUCGGGAUGGUCCUCUUCCGCCUAGCCACCGCCAACACCCAACAAGUCAUCUACGUCGAAAUCUUUGCUAUAUCUGGAACAAUCUUCGCAACUGUUCCAUGGGUCGUUCAGUUGCUUGCUUCAAUGGCAAUCAUCUUGGCAUACAAUUCUGGUACAUGCAACCUCACGGGGCUCAUCAGGCCACCAUCCAAGGAUGGUUCAUGUAGCCCGAAUCUGACUGCCGGUGAUCAAGACAUCGAGAAUGGUGCUGUCGGAACUGGCGCUGGUGGUAAUGAACAAGGAUCAAUGCUAAAACACGCAAGGAACUUUGUGGGUAAUGGUCUCGGAUUUAAUAUGCCACUGCAAGUUGAAGAAAUAAAAGGACCCAAAUUGCAAAGAAACAGGACUGUCUGA